AAGUGCUGGAUGCGCGAACAUAGGAAUUUCAUCUUUCAACCCCAUAAUAUAUCCCAAACUUCUUAUCGAAUUUUUUUUUUCCAAACUCACUGCGUUAGUCGUCGACGUCGACCGCCGGAUCGACCUCCAUUCGCCGUCUUCCAAUCGCUCUCAGUUCGACCGUCGCCGCCGGCAUCCAAUUCGGUUAGGCCAUGCAGCUCUCUCUUUUGACGCCCUACGUUCAGGUAUAUUAAGGUUCUAAUAGAAAAAAGGUUGAUCAGCAUAAAGAUGGAGCUCACUAUUACACAACCUGAUGAUUGGCAUCUUCACCUCCGUGAUGGUUCCCUUCUUCAAGCAGUUCUCCCUCACAGUGCAAAACAAUUUGGAAGGGCCAUAGUGAUGCCAAAUUUGAAACCACCCAUCACUACCACGUCCGCUGCUGUUGCUUAUCGAGAGUCCAUUUUGAAAGCAAUACCUAAAGAUAGCAACUUCAAUCCUCUCAUGACACUUUACCUCACUGACAUGACUACUCCUGAUGAGAUUAAACUUGCAAAAAAAAGUGGACUUGUUUAUGGUGUGAAGUUGUAUCCUGCUGGUGCUACAACAAACUCCCAAGAUGGUGUUACAGACAUUUUUGGAAAUUGUUUUUCUGUUCUCGAGGAAAUGGCUGAGAAAAAUUUACCAUUAUUGGUUCACGGAGAGGUUACAAAUUCAAACAUUGAUAUUUUUGACCGAGAAAAAGUCUUCAUUGAAACAAUUUUAGAGCCUUUAGUUCAAAGACUUCCACAGCUGAAGGUUGUGAUGGAGCAUAUUACUACCGCAGAUGCUGUUAAAUUUGUAGAGUCUUGCAAAGAAGGUUAUGUAGCAGCAACUGUUACACCACAGCAUCUUCUUCUGAAUCGUAAUGCUUUGUUCCAAAGUGGCUUACAGCCUCACAAUUACUGUCUUCCAGUGCUCAAAAGAGAGAUCCAUAGACAGGCUAUUGUUUCGGCUGUCACUAGUGGAAGUAAACGAUUUUUCCUUGGAACUGAUAGUGCUCCACAUGAUAGGCGUAAUAAGGAAUGUUCCUGUGGAUGUGCUGGCAUAUACAACUCACCGGUCGCUCUAUCUCUAUAUGCCAAAGUUUUUGAAGAGGCUGGUGCACUUGAUAAGCUAGAGGCUUUUACAAGCUUUAACGGACCUGACUUCUAUGGCCUCCCCAGAAACAAGUUAAAGAUUAGACUGAGGAAAGCUCCUUGGAAAGUACCUGAUUAUUUGUCGUUUCCAUUUGGAGACAUUGUUCCCAUGUUUGCUGGUGAAACCCUUGAAUGGGAGGCAUUGCCUUGCUGAUUUGCUGUGUCUAUUUGAAAGUUUGUAUAUCCUUCAGCUUAAAUUAUUGAUUGCCGAGAUGAGAAUAUUUAUGUAGUGUUCAAGAACUAUGGUCAAGAAAUUUUUGUUUUAUCUGUCAGUUCUGCGUUUAUUUUGCAGAUUGUUCUCAUUUCUAUUUCUUAGGUCAGUUGAAUUUAAAUAUGAACCAGAACACCCUCUGUGACUAAUAAAUUUCUGGUUGUUGAGAUGGGAAUUUAUAUAGUAUUCAGAAUCAGAACUAUGGUCAGGUAACUCUGCAGUUGUUCCAAUUUGAUCAAUAAACUCGGCAUAAAUUUCCAGAUUUACCUUGUUUCCAUUUUAUGUUCAUGGGUCUGAGCUGAAUUUCUGUAUGAACUAAGUGCCCCCCGGUCACAUGACACCACAUCAAAAUUUUAAAUUGUAUGGCAUUACACCUUAUUUCAAAAGACUUCAA